AUGGUCGCUGGUCAGCGCACCGGCAAGACUUCCUUUCUCCGUCUUCUCUUGGACACCAGUGAAAUAUCUUCUACCGCCACCAAAGACCAGCUCGCCUCCGUCGCAAAGUUCGUGCAGGGUUGCAGCGGUCAUACAUCCCACAUACGCACCGCAUCCAUCAAUAUCGACCAUGAUAUUGACCAAAAUAGCACUCCUCAGGUCCUUACUCUCACGCUCGUGGAUACACCCUCUUUAACGUUCGAGGAUGAAGCUGCCACCGAGCGGGCUAUCCAUGAGAUACUCAGGCAUGUCGAGUCUAGAUUCGCCGAUGGCAUCGAGGACGACUGGAGAUCCCCAACGGGUGACAACAACAUCCAUUUGUGUAUAUACUUCUUGGAUCCCGACGUGAUUGUUCCACCUUCUGUACCAGGACCUCCUGCUCCUCUCGUCACCCGUGCUCGGGGCAGUAGCUUCUCUGUCACAGAGCCGGAGCCCGUCAUCCUCGAGCCCCCUGUCAGCAACAAUCCACUCCUAUGCCGCCCUUCCCUUCCCAUUAGCGAAAUUAACACCAUCAGGCGGCUUUCUGCUAGAGUCAAUGUGCUCCCUGUAAUAGCACGCGCAGACACGCUUACCAACGACCGCCUUGCGGCCGUCAAAAUGGCUGUCCGCCGAGAUCUCGCGGAAGCCGGCAUUGGCUUCGGAAUCUUCGAUAUGGACACCCAUGCGCAGUUCCAGCACCGUAAAGACGCGGCUGAAUCUACGCACCCUGUCAAGGGUGACAUGGUGAAUGGUUAUAGUGGUCAUGCGAAUAAGACUUCUCCGCAUGGCCGUGCUUCGCCUCCGAAUUCCCCAGCAGUAACGUCUCUCAAACUCCCAUACGCCCUUAUCUCACCCGACAUCUACUCGCAUAGCGAUGGUGUAGCUAGAGUGCCCCUAUCACGUCACGAGCUCGUACAGCAAUAUGCUCCUUUGGUUCUUCGUCACACUGCUUCUAAACUGACGCGCGGCAAAUUCAUCAGAAGCUAUCGGUGGGGAUCUAUGGAUGUUCUGGAUCCCGUUCAUAGUGACUUCAUGCCUCUCCGCACUGCUAUAUUUCAUCACAUGGAGACGCUGCAGAAAUAUACUCGAGAAUAUCUUUUUGAAAAGUUUAGAAACGAAUACUUGCUUCAGCACCAUUCUGCUAACCACCAGCUUCACCCCCAUGCCCUACAACAAGCAGUCCCGCGUACUUCUGUACCUCUUGCGCAUGCUCCUCGCCCUGUUUUAACUAUCGAGACACAGUCAGGUCAUGGCUCUGUCCGACAUCCCCCUCUUCCUAUGGCCCGCGAUGUCCUUCCUGGGGCGGAUCUGCGUGGGCCGCCACUUUCCCGUCCGAUGACAGAUGGUGCUUCUUCAUCCCAGCUUCAAGGCAAGACAGCGUCUGGUAGGUCCUCCAAGCAGAGGACUAAGAAGAUCACAGUGGCUUGCAACUUCUGUCGAUCCCGAAAACUCAAAUGCGAUGGUGGACGUCCUGCUUGUAGCCAAUGUGUCAAGCGGUCCAACCUUUGCGAUUACAUGCCACAAACUAGCAAACGGCGCAACCCCCACCGUCCACCCAAGGAGGAUAGUGAAUCUGAGAUGAGUGGCGAAGACCGAUCUGCCGAAGACAACGAUCCUUCGGUUUCCCCCGAGAUUGUUUCCCAGCCAUUGUCUCGCAGGAGCUCCAACGUCGUUGACAAGCGACCAAUGCUAGAUGGCUUUUCUGCCAUCGCUGGCCCAUCAGAACCCCGCGAAGCUCUUAGGCCUAAGUCUGGUAUAGCAACAGGAAGUUCAGGAACUUCCGAUGGACGUUCGCUGUUCAAGGACAACGAGUUACCCCAUAUCGCAACUCUGUCGCUUCCCGAGACCUCCCCCACGGCUGCGAUGAGCGCUCCCCCGCUCCCGCCGAUUAGACCAGCCUCAGAGCAACAAGCUGCUCAGCGAAAACGCGCGUCCACUGUUCCUGGGAGGAGCAAUCGUCCCGCUGCCAGCACCGGUCCGAAAGUGGUGGCGUGCAACUUCUGCAGGGCGCGUAAGACGAAGUGCGACGGAGCGCAUCCAGCCUGUUCCAGCUGUGCGCGGAGGUCGCUCCCAUGUAACUACAAUCACGACUCCAGCGCCAACGGCGCGAACAAAAAGGGGGCUCGACGUGCCUCAACCUCCAAGGCAACUGCCCCCCAAUUACAUCUUUCUUCUGUACAUUCACCUCCUGCCAACUCUCCCCCUUCGUCAACCGUUGUCGGCGACUCUCGUUAUUCUGCCGGAAAAUCCUUUGAGGACAACCCAGGAGAGGCCAUGGACGUCGAUUUGAAGAGAAAGAUGGACGACAUGGAGCCUUUGCAUAUCCAAAAGAGAAUGAGGGUAGAUGAAACCACCGGGAAUGUUAUACCAUGA